AUGGCGAUGGAUGACGUUGACAAGAGAGAGGACGAGAUUGAGCUGGAGCUAGGGCUUUCUCUUGGCGGGAAUUGCAAUACCCGGCUGCAGAAAUUCAUUUCGGUUCAGAAGGAGGCCCAUGAGCGGAAAUUCAUACCUGAGUUGGCUAAUUUGGGUUUUGGGGUUCAAGCUUGCACGAGGUUUGGAGAGUUGUCGGGUUUUAUGGGUGCGAAUUCUGAGCAGGACAUGGAUCCCAAGAUGAAGCGCGAAAUUCAGGCAAUGAGGAGGCAGGAAGCAAAGAAGAAGAGGGGUGAGAAGCAGUUGAAGAUGGCGCUUACCAAGGGGAAGCUCACCGCCGCUAUCGGAUGUUCCUAUCCGGCGAAUGCUGUUUAUUUGAACGGAGUAUCUCACCACGAUCCGGAGGAGCAUGAAUGCAAGAGGAGAAAGAGCAUCAAUUUUAGUGUCGAGCGGUUGGCGUCUACACCACCUACCUUGCAACGACUCUCGGGCCCGACUUCUCUACAGUUCAGUGUGCCAGCUCACGGGGUUGGGCGAACCGAAAGCAGAGCAAUUCCCUGUUGGUUCGUCGGUGGCGGGUUCGAGACGAAUCUAAUUCGACCAGUCCAUGUGUGUGUUGAACCUUGUCAGGGAGUAACAAACGUGCAUGAUUCGGAGCAGCACGGUGACGAAGGACGUGGUGGCAGCAGUGAAAGUAUAAGCCAUUCAAUGUUAUCAAUCCUCGAACAACCGCAAUUCAAUGGUACUGGGAGCAGCCGCAUCAAGAUCCAGUUAGAACAGACAGCUACGUCCGAUCUCAUUGAAUCCGCCAGCGAAGAAACAAACUGCAUAGAAGCGAUCAAAGCACCAUCGAAUGAUGCUCAACCUGACGAUCCUCACAGUAGUUUAUCAAAGAGGAGCAACCAACAAGUAGGUUGCAAUCUUCCCAAAAGCUCAAACCAACAUGAGAAUGAUGUGCACCCGACCUUGCCCUACAUGCCAUGCGUAUUGGCGACAAGAAAUGUGCCGAAUGGGAAAACCGUGCAUGGAUUUCUCUACGAGUACACGAAAGGGGAGGCGAGCAUCAUUUGCGUCUGCCAUGGAAGCUCCUUCUCUCCAAUGGAGUUUGUGCAGCAUGCUGGAGGCAUAGAUGUUUCUCACCCUAUGAAGCAUAUCACGGUAGUUCCACCUACAAUUUGAUGUGUUGGCAUAACAAUGGGGAGUAACUUUGUUUCACUUUCUUAACUCCUUUUUUCCUUCUCUCGAGCCAAACAUUUAGUAGGGAUGAGAGGGAGAUGACUUCUACAUGUACAUUAUAUCUUUGGAUUGUUGGGAAAUCUUCUGGUGGAACAGAGGAGAUUCAAUUUGCUUUGUUUUUGUUUCUUUUAGUAAACUAUCUAACC